UGCUGGCCGAGAAUGCUGACGGUCGCCAGGGCCUGGUUCCGCGGGCCUACAUCUCCAGAUUCCCUCUGCUGCGUAUUCCUCCCGCCAGCAGACCAAUUCCGGCCAGAUCACCAUCACCGGAGCGCUCUGCCUCCUCACCGCUGACGACGUUGUUAGAAGCGGAGACGCCGAGCUCGGGUCGAACAACGCCUCAGAUGGUUGAGCUGCCGGGACAAGGCGAACUGGAAUUCCAGGUGGAGUCGCUUGAUGAGUCCACCUGUGACAGCAGAGAGGAAGUUACGGUGGACCCGAUACAGGAUUCGGAGAACUUUGUCAAUGUUGGCACAGGUUACGCCGAUGGAUCCGCUUCUGAAGAGGACUCUCCACCAAAUUCAAUCACCAUUAGCGAUGAUGAGGUUGAUGAGAGGAAUCCUUCCGCAGAAAAGUCGGAUCACGCCGACGUGAGUCCCUGCUAUUUUUCCGCUGUUUAACUUCCAAGUUAACAGGACGACUGACUUCGUGACCCAAUACUGUAGCACUGGACUACGUAACGCUCGGUGACGAAAACAGUUGUGGUCAAAUCCCAUGCCAUCCUGAUAUGGUGUUGGGUACGGCUGGCUGACGACGGUUAAAGGACCAGAAAUGGCCAUCCAAAUCCUCCUUGUCUUCGUUGGUUUUCCUUACUGAAUUAUUACUAGUUGCUACGCAAAUGACUGCGAGGGCUUUAAAUUGAGCCCCGAGAAGCGACGAAAGGGGCAUAUCCCGUGACCAGGUUGGUGAGGGCACUUCCACCAUAGUUCGACAGUACCUCAUGAAACAGGAAACGAAAUCAUCCAGUAGAGUUUGAGCAAUAAAGAAUUACCUACGUAGCGCUACGAUACAGUUGGUCAUGAACCGAUUUCACAGAACUGUCGAUGCAUAAUGCUCCAAAGGUGGGUAUACUUUGGUUUUAAAAGGCAUGUCUUUUCAUAUACUACCAGAACAUGAUCAGCUUAUCUAAAGCCUCCUAGACCUCAAAAAUGCGCCUUGUAUACAUGUUCUCUGGGGACGUAAUUUUAGCUAUGUCUCAGGUUAGCAAACUUAAGAGAUCCGGGCCAAAUAAUUCGGCCGUCUAUUCAAAGUUCUGAUCGAUUUUUGCACUAAACGUUCUGAUAAUGGAGAGCCGGCCAAGUUCUCCAAAACGUCAGUAAGACGAUUCCCUCGAUCUGGUGAGCACUUCUUUUUCCUCAGAUUUGCUCCGUCUGUUGUUAGAAGGACAUUUUGAGGUUCAUGAGGUGUUUUUGUAGAUCACUGUAGAAAUUUAAACCAAUGCGAAAGCAAGAUCCGUUAGCAACGAACUCGUUACAAAUUUUGUCUCAUUAUUUAACAUUUCGACUGUAACGUAAUCUGGAUUAUACAGUGAGUGACCGAUCUCAUGAAAUGUUGGGCAAGAUUCUGAAAUGCGUUUUCUAUUAGGAAGGAUUACUUAGGUGGAUUUGUACUACGGAUGAUCUCGCGGCAUAAUCCUAUCGUAUUUUGGAUUUGACAGGAUGUCGGUUUUUGAAUGCACCUCUUUUCAAUUUCCUGUAGAAACCGCAUUCACCAAACAGUGAUUACUUAAGUAGCAUGCAUUUUUCACACUGAUUUUCGAUGAUCUUAUAGAUUCAAAUAUACUUUAUAAAAAACACCAACAAAAAUAUUCUUUCUUUCACUCUUUUGAUAGACAAUCACGCCAACUUCAUAUUUUAUACUCAAAGAAGUAGUGUUACCAGUUGUUAAAAAUGUCUUCUAUUUCCCGAAUAAUUUGGAGCCGAAUCGGCCGUUGCAUUAGGACCUAGUGAUUUCAGUCAACAAGGUGCAUGCGUUCUACGUAAGGAAAAUCAUAUAUUUUUUCAUGCCUCUAAAACGAUGCCAUAUAGAGUCCAUAAAAUUUUGCAAUGGAUGCGGACUAUGUUGUACAUUACAGGAGGAGCAGUGGUAAACGGAAGGGUGCGAUGCUGUACGAAUGGACAUUGCAUGGUCUUAAAAAAUCUCUUAAUUAUAAACUUUUUUAAAACCUAGUUAUACUCCUUCUUCGGGUAUAAAAUAUGAGGAUGACAUGAUUCCCCAUCAAAAGAGUGGAUGAAAGAAUAUUUUUGUUUGUGUUUUUUAUAAAGUACAUUUGAAUGUAUAAGAUCAUCGAAAAUCAGUGUGAAAAUGCAUGCUACUUAAGUAAUCACCUUUUACCGAGUACGGUUUCUAAAGGAGAUUGAAAAGAGGUGCAUUCAAAAGCUGACAUCCUGCCAUAUUCAAAAUACUAUAGGAUUAUGCCGCGGAAUCAUCAAUAUUACAACCCCACCUAAGUAAUCCUUCCUAAUAGAAAACGCAUUUCAAAAUUUUGGCCAACAUUUCAUGAGAUCGGUCACUCACUGUAUGAGUUGUUUAUAACAGAUAAAUUAUUUAAAUUAGGAAUCCAAAAAAACAGAGAAUACCUGUAUCCUGUAUGCUAAACAUAUUCUCGUGGGAUUUUAACGGAUUCCGUCAAAGCUUUCAAUAGAAGCCAGCAGGCAUUGGCUGAUAUAUUGAGUUAAGAUCUGACUACAUGAUUUUGUAUUUCGUAGAUUUAACCGGUCCGUCUCUACAAUAGGUCGCCAUAGGUCCAUCCUAAUAGUUGCUGCCAAACCUCCUUAUUACACCGCUUGAAGUUAAAUCCAUCAGGAUGUGGAAACCCAGGCGGGGUGAGAGCGGAAGGGCGCAGCAAGUUGCGUUUGGUUAAUCGACCGUUGAGCAUGGUAGGAGCGGGGCCUGAAAGUAUUGAAAGUAAAGUAAGCCGAAAAGAGAUGCCGAAAUCGUUGCUGAGGAAAGUAGCCGAGGCUGAGAUGCGAAAGACAACCUGAUGUAUAAAAAAUCUGCCACGAGUUUGAGGAAAGCCUAGAAUCUCCGCAAAAGGCCUGGCUGACAGGACACGCGAGACAGCAAUACCCCAGACCUAACUGUAACCUCAAAAGCAAACCUAGUACUCAAAGUAAUUAUAAACUUGACAAUAACACUAAACUCAAUACUAAACCUAUCCCUAAACCUACCACAAACCCCAACCCAAACCCUAAGCCUAAUUAUAACCCUGGCCCACCUCCCAACCCUAAUCUUAAUCCUGACCCAAACCUCAAGCCUCACCUCAACCUUGCCCCAACCCUAACCUUAACCCUCACCCCAACUCCAACCCCAACCUUAGCCGUAACCCUAGUCCUAACACUAAACGCAAACCUAAGCCCUAAUCCAACCCUUAACUUUAACAGGAAACCUUAAGCCUAACAUGAAGCCUAACCCUAAACUCAAUUCUCAGCCUGACACCAACCCGAACCCUAAAACGAACCCCACCUCUGAACCGAAACAUCAGGUUGCUCUUUUCCGUUUUAGCAGUAGCUACUUUCCCACUAACGAUGUCAUCAUCCUUUUUCGGCUUACCUUACUUGCAAUGCCCAUAUUGCGCUUACACGUGGGACCAAGACAGCGUAACUGACCCCUACCCCGUGGUCAAAGGUUGACUAGCCACGUUCAAAUUUCCGCGACCUUCUACUCUCGCUCCGCCUGUGUUUUUAAACUAAUUUUAAUCCACUUCUCUAAUCUCUGAUAUGUUUGACUGCAUGAAGUUUCCAUAAAAUUGAACUGGCCUGAGGCGAAUUUAUCGGGAGCAGAAGUAAACUAGCCAACUCGUUUUCUGAAUACUGCCGUGGGGCCUUUCGCAACUCAUUAGGAUGCUUAAACUAGAAGAGCCUGAGCAGACAGCACUUCAUUCAAUUUCAAAUUCCUUUCUCUAUUACUUGACCAUUACUCGGAUGGUUGUGUUUGUGGCACAAGUUGACGGGAUGCCAUUGCGUCCACUUUCAUCAUUUGUUGGUUGGCCGACUCGGACAGCCGACUGAUGUAUGAAGGAGUUGGGGCUCGCCAGCGAAGGGGCAUUGGCUUUCCGGUCGAAUGUGCUCCACAGCAAGGUGGGUUAGAGACGGUGACUUGAGCGUGAUUUAGUUUAGAGUGGAUCUAGAUUUGCGCAGCAUCCAUCGAACCCCCUCCUCCCCCACCUGGACCCGGUGUCAAGACGUAGUCAGGAAGACCGGAGGCGGGGGAGGACACAGGUGGAUAGCACGGUCGAGCCCGCAUUCCCUGGCUCACACAGCAAAUGACCAGGAUUUUAACCAACGACAACAAUGGGAGGCGCCGGGGUCCCAAUGUGCGCGACGCCUGCCGGCAACUAGGUCUGCGACCCCACCCCGAGAUGCCGGCAUUUUCUAUGAUGCGCAUUCCGAUAACCCCUGCCAGGAUCCGAUAUGGUCCCCUUGUUGGUCCAGCGCAUUUACCACGUGGCCCGUUUGGGGGGGGGGGAAGUGUAACUGUCCAGUAGCACAAUGGCCUGCAGUUCGCGGCCCAUUACAUAGGUCAUGGUCUGUCCAGCCUAUCCGCAGCAUUUCGAGUCCGUACGCAAAAGUCUUUUGUUGGCAAAAUCCUCACGGCUGGGCUUUACUGCAUAUCAGGUUCAAACUGGUGGCUGACAUCGACGUGUUCAUUAAAACAGAUUUUUGCGUUUGAACCUACAAUCCUGGAUUGUAGACAUCCUGCGAGUCCUUCUUAGGAAAACGUAAUCUUUCAGCCAACACCUGUUGCAGCCGUUUUUUGUUCUAGAAGUUAUCCUAUUAUCCUUCUUGUUGGAUGAUGAAACAGCGAUAGUACUAGAGCUUUGAGUUGACCCCUCUGCGUUCUUGGCAAUUUAUUAAUUUGGUCUCUAACCACUAAAGACCCCUUUGAUAUUCUUGCCUUUCAGACUACGGAGAAGUCCUGCUUGUCGGUAGAUGAUACCCUCCUCCGUACGGCAAUGUAG